AUGGACCCGAGUCAGCCAAAUUCUCAGGAUCUUUCCUCCGCCUCGUCGCGGGCGCCGCUGGCCGGGGGUCGCCAGAUCACUCGCAACCGCACCAGCUACAGUUGCCACACCUGUCGCCGCCGCAAGGUCAAGUGUGACAAGGUCCAUCCAAUAUGCGGGAAUUGUAUCAAAACAGGAGCCGAGUGCGUGUAUGAUGUCUCAUCGGAGAAGCGGGAGGAUGCACAUACGGAUGGGACUGUACCCGAGUCGUCAGGUCGGUCGGGCCAUGGCGUGAAACGACGCCGAGCGACCCCGCGAACAUGGGAGGAGGAUGUCGACGAACUUCAAUCAAUAUACGGCCAUUUGCGACAGGCUGGGUCGUCAGAGGGGAACAAAUCUGACCCGCGCGCGAUUGAAAAUCGCCUGGAUAAAUUGAUGUCGAUGAUCGAGAAGAUUGGCGGUACUGGACAGCCACUGGAAGACGCCGAGAGGCAGGCAACCCUCGGGGCCGACCAAUCAUUCGUGGAGGAAGUGCGUCAAAACAGCGCUCGGAAUGGAAGGCCAAUGCCUUCUCGCCCCUCUCGCCCUUCUAGCCCGCGCCGUACGGCGGCCGAAUCGAGUGGUGAUGAAUUUCCUAUACCGUCAGGUCAGGCUACAGAUCUCGUGGACCCAGUCGGGAGCCUCAAUCUAGGCCAUCUGAGCCUGGACGAUGGAGGAAGGUCCAGAUACGUUGGGACAACCUACUGGGCGUAUAUAUCUCAUGAGAUUAACGACCUCAAUCAACUGCUGAGAGACCAAAAUCGAUCACACGACAUGAAUUCAUUAGAAACCCCCAACGACGACUUCAAUGAUCCCAGUGCCGGGAACAGGAGACAAUGGAGAGGCUCUCUUGCCAGCUCUCCACCUCCGACUACACCUGGUUCCCGCGUUGGCUCGUUCCAACAGUCCAUCAUCUUCCCUUCUGGUGAAUCCCCAUCGAUGAGCGACAGAGUUGUUGAACCAGAAAUGCUGGAGCACAUCCCAACCAGACGCCAAAGCCACAUUCUGUACAGAGGCUUCAUGUCUGGGGUGCAUGCCAUCAGUCCUGUCGUCCACCCGCCGACGGUGCUCAAGCUGUACAACACCUUUUGGAAAUGGUACGAUUACAGCAGCUACUCUGGAGAGGCAUGUCCGAUCCCCUCGUUUAUUCCUCUUCUUUACGCAAUUUGGUAUGGUGGUUCCGUCACAGUCUCCAUUCGAACUAUCAAGGCCGAGUUUAAUACGUCAUCACGAGAUGCACUGUCUACAAUGUACAGCGAGGAGGUAACGAGGUGGUUGACGAAGAUCUCUUUCCCUCGCAGCCCAUCCCUUCAGGGGCUCUCUGCCUAUCUCAUUGUCCAGACGAUUCUUUCCAAAGAGGAAGAACCGUUGACAAGCAGUCUGUUCGUUAGUCUGGCGAUGCGUGUCGCGCAGACGAUGGGUCUUCAUCGAGAUCCUGCCAACUUUGGAAUCGAGCCUUGCGAAGCGGAGUACAGACGGAGGCUAUGGUGGCACAUUAUGCACAUGGAUGGUGUGGUGGCAAUGUCCAGCGGACUUCCCCCACUCGUCAGUGAUGAGAAUUAUUGGGAUGUGCGGCGAACAAGCGAACUCAAAGAUACCAUGCUUGGAGUACCAGCCGCAGAAAGUUAUGAGCAGUUGGUCGCAUCCAAGCAACGACUACCAGAUAAUCCUGACGACCCGACUGUCUGCGGCGGGCCAUCAAUGGUGAAUGUAUUCUAUCUCACCGCAAGAGGCAAAUACAUCAUGGCUUGGUCUAUUCGUCGAAUUCUGAGAAUCCAACUUGGCACAAAGCCUGUCACUCGUCAGGAUAUGGAGGAACUAAAAACAAUACUUAUGGAUCUUCAACUGAAGCUGAAUUCCAUUGUCGGCAGGAUACCCGAAAGCCAGGUCACAGACCAUGCAUCCGUCUCGUCCGGGCGCGCACUGUCCAUGUCGAAGUCCCCUGUGGAAUCUCACUCAGGCGAAAGCGAACUUCCAGGAGAUGGACCGAAUGGAUGUCCUGAACAGUACCAUUCCGCAGUUCUUGUGUCCUUCCAUAAAUGGGCGCGUAUCAUUUUGUCACUUUAUAUUGACAAGGCUUUCUGUGUCGCCUACCAGCCCUUUCUUAAGAAUGCUCGCAGUCGCAUAUGGCCUGCAGCACGGCAAAGCGCUCUUCGUCAUUGCCACGGGUUUAUGGAAAAGUUCAUUCAGCUCGCCACGGAUCCAGAUUUCCAACCAUUCCAGUGGAGCUGGCCAGGGAUCAUGCUCAUCGACCUUUACGAACGCCCAUAUAGUCCCGAGGCAUUUAGAUCACGGGCCUUUAUCGAUCGCAUCCUAGCCCUCUCGGGGCCAGAUGGAGGCGUGGUCGGUGGUGAGGAUGGUGUAUCUACGCAAAGACCUCUGAAGGAUGGUGGCCGUGAGGCAUGGGAUAUGAUCCGCCGUCUCCGUCAAAAGGCGUGGCAGAAAGCUGGCCUCAAUCCCCAGAUGCUUUGGACCGAACAAGAUCAAAUCCAGGCGGGCAUCGCAUCGCCAGCUCCAGAGCUCAAUGCCCUGCGAGAGCAACUAUAUUCAAACCCAUCAUCGCCGGCUGCUUCUGCUGCAGGUCAAAAGCUACCACCUCCGCCAGAUCGCCAGCUCAUGGACUUCAAUCGAACCUUCUACAAUAUGACCCGCACUCAUAACCUCCCAAAUCCUGUGGCAUCCUCGGCGGCUCGCAGACCCAGUCUUCUUCGAUACUCUCUCCAGCCAUCCUCCACGAAUCAGACCGCUGCUUCAGCCACAGCCCCACAAUACAAUACUACGCCUGCAGCAAGCGUAACAUCACCAAUUGCAGCAACAUCUCCGGAGGCCGCGUCUGCUCUACGCUCGCCAUCGUCCAAUCUAUCACCCACUACACAACCCACAAUCCCCGUACAACAGCCUCAACAACACCAACAACCGCCUUUUCCAAGCACGGAAAUGUCUCCGGGCAUGCUCUACAUGGACUCCCUAUCUCCAAACCCUGCACCAAUGAACAUGUCGACCCCGCCCUCGAUGGUGGACCCGAAUCUCAAUUUCGACUGGGACCAAUGGGACGCUGUCUUUGGACAACACCUCCCCGUCUCAGAUGAACUGAUGGAACUGGAUCCCGUUGUCGGCCUAGACUUUGCUAAUAUUGGAAUCCCGUCCGCAAAUACGAGCCCCGGCGGGCCAAUCGCCUUCAAUGGAUUACCACAGACCGUGGAUCAAAAUACCACACCUCCGUGGACAGGCAAAGGUGUCAAUCGGGGUAAUUUGUCUAGCGAUUGGACUGGAUAUGGUUGA